AUACUCAGGUUCGAAUCUUUUCUCCUAAGUUUUAAUUUUUCAUUUCUUUUUCAUCGUCAACUCAAACCCUAGAUUCUCCGACGUCGUUUUCCCCGCAGAUCUAUCUCCGGCGAGUAUCUCUCCGACGAUAUCCGCUCCGAUCUCCACUAACUACCGGAGAUGGAUACAGAUCCACCUGCACCGACACCUUCAUCUCGCAAAAAUAUCUCAAAAUCAUCCAAAAAGCCGAAAUUCACCCCCAAACCACCGGUUCAGAGAAGGCGACUUGUUUUAACUAAAAGUGACAGUAGUGAUGAUGAGUCUGAAACCGAGCAGGAAUUUCUCCGCACAGUCAUUGAACGCCUCCGUUCAGGAGGGGCUAAAGUCGAAAAGAAACCUUCGGAUAACGUGACGACAUCACAUGGAGCUGGAUCAUCAAAGACUGAUGAACCACCGAAGAAAGAAGAGAACAGCAAAAGCAGAUACAAUCUGAGAGAGACUUCAGGGAAAAAGGUCACGUUUUCAUCCGCAACCGCCACAAAAGCCGAAGUUACUGAUCACAUGUUAGUAGAUGAUGAAUCUGGUUCCUCGACCGACUCUGAAAAUGAGUAUAAAGAACCAUGGGAUCCCUAUUCGAACUAUCCCGUCAGUCUUCCUUUGAGACCCGUUGGCUCAGGAAAUCCAGAGGUUCUUAACGCAGAGGAAUUUGGGAAACAUGAUGAAUACGACGAGACUAAAAUCAACUCCGCAUUAGAACUUGGACUUUCGGGGCCGGAUGACGGUGACAAAAAACAACUUAUAUUUUUCCAAUUCCCCGAACAUCUUCCGUUGGAUCAAGUUCCGGAUAGCUCAAAGGGCAAGGAGACAGCAGGAAGCUCAACAAAUGCUUCUAACAAACGCGUUGGUUUGAAAGACUUGCCAAACGGGCACAUAGGAAAAAUGUUGGUUUAUAAAAGCGGAGCAAUCAAGUUGAAGCUUGGAGACAUCAUCUUUGAUGUUUCAUCCGGUACGCCUUGUGGUUCUGACCAAUCUGCUGCAAUGAUGGAUAUGAAAUCUAAAGACUGUUGUGUGCUCGGGAAAGUCAACAAGCGAGCCGUCGUAACCCCUGAUCUGAACUCUAUGUUGGAAAAAAUUAACCAGCUUUAACAUUAGUACAACAUUGUUGUAGAUUUGUAAACUGUGGGUAUGUGUAUAUCGCGCUAACUGUUAGAAUGUAUGGAUGCUAAGUGAAUGUAUGGAUGUUAAGUAGUUAAGGUACCUUGACAAAAUAAACACUAUCAACCACCUGUGACAUACUUUUUAGUUAGUUUUAAUUCCAACUCCCAACUCUGAA